AUGAUUGCAAAGGAACCCGACACGACUGGCCUCGAGCAAUGGGAGAAGGUCCAUGCUGCUAAAAAGGCUGAACAAGAAUCCAGGAUACCCCAAGAAUGGAGGCUCAAGCCAGAGGACUUUCCACCGGCGGGUACCGUCGACCUUCGACCUGUUGUCGCUACUUGCGGCAUUCUCUCGGACAAGGAAUUGUUAAUCACUGGAGAACAAUAUGACGCUACCUCCUUGGCCGCUGCGAUUGCGGAAGGCAAGUAUACCGCCGUUGAGGUGGUGACGGCCUUCUGCAAACGAGCAGCAGUGGGACAUCAGCUGUGCAACAAUCUAACCGAGAUCAUGUUCAUGGACGCAAUCGAAGAUGCGAAACAGUUGGACAAGGUAUUCGCAGAAACUGGAAAACCGGUCGGCGCUCUUCACGGCAUUCCUAUGACAUUCAAGGAAUGCUUCCACGUCAAGGGAUACGAUGCCAGCGACGGCUACAUCUCGAGGACGUUCGACCCUUCAACAUAUACCACUCCUCUGAUAGAGCUGGUCAAAUCCAAUGGUGCCGUUGUGAUCUCGAAGACAAACACACCACAGACCAUGUUGGUGGCAGAAAGUCACAACAACGUCUUCGGGCAAACCAAAAACCCCGUGGUCAGCCACUUGACCUGUGGAGGGAGUAGCGGAGGAGAGGGCUCGAUCAUGGCCUACCGGGGGAGCGCCUUGGGAAUCGGCACCGAUGUGGGUGGUUCCAUCCGCAUUCCUGCCGCUGCAAACGGCGUCUACGGCUACAAACCUAGCUUUGGAAUUCUGCCCAUGAUCGGAUACGCAGCGUCGGGCUGGGUGGGUGCAAACACUGGAGUCCCAGCUGUCUGUGGUCCGCUAGGUCAUUCGGCGCGAGACCUGGCCUUUUUGACUCGUGUCGUCCGCAAUGCUAAGCCAUGGAAGUUCGACCCGGCCGUCAUUCCCAAGGUCAUGGAAUUUGGCGCCGAGUCCCGAAAGCCCAUCAUAGGUGUGAUUCAUCAGAGCGGAACGACGCCGCAUCCGCCCGUUCGACGGGCCAUCAGAGAAGCAGCAAACAAACUCUCCGAGGCAGGUUUUGUGGUCAAGGACUUUGUGCCGCCAGAUUUCAACGAGAUUCGUAAAGUCACCAAAGAGCUCUUCACCCUAGACGCCUUAUCAUACCCACGAGGACAGUUGGAGAAGGCAGGAGAGCCAGUGGUGCCUUCGGUCCAGAAGAUCGGCUUCUGGGACAUACCUCGAAAGACUCAUGAGGAAGCAUGGGCCCUGAAUGCGAAAAAGCUUGCGCUUCAAAAGGAGAUGCUCGAUCGUUGGCAGGAAGCCGGGAUAAACGUUGUCCUCGCUCCGGCCGGUCCUCACACCGCUGUUCUGCCCGGAGACUGGACGACUGACAUGUAUACAGUUGCAUGGAACGCCAUGGAUUACCCUGCGGUAAUAAUCCCCUUCACCAAGGCAGAUCCAGCCUUGGACCCCAAGGAUAAGAUUUUCGUUCCCAUGCAUGAACUGGAUGAGCAAAUUCAAUCAUUGUACGACCCUCAGCGCAUGGCGGGAGCACCCGUCGCGGUCCAACUGGUAGGACCCAGGUUGGAUGAUGAACAACUCCUGAAGGAUGUGCAGGCCAUUGACGCGAUUUUGAACGCUUGA